AUGAAGAAAUUCCAAGCCCUCUGCCUGUUGUACAUCACAUUCGGUGGUGCAUUCUAUGGCUACGACUUCGGCAUCAUAUCGUGUGUCCUAGGCUACUCUGAAUUCAUCACCUACUAUAAUUUCACUCCUACGACCAUUGGUGCAUUCAACUCUGCCUAUUAUGCAGCUUGUGCUGCUGGUACAUUGGUGAACGUCUGGCUGCCCAAUAAAUAUGGCCGGCUGUGGACGAUCCGCAUUGGCUGUCUGAUCUCCUUCGUUGGCAUCAUCCUGCAGACUGCAGCCGUUAAUUUCCCCAUGCUCCUGGUUGGACGUAUCAUAGGCGGAAUUGCAACGGGCAUCAUCUUCGCUAUUUGCCCUGUCUAUGCCAGCGAGAUAUCUCCACCAGAUAUGCGUGGGAGAGUCGGUGCUUUAUUCGCGCUGAACAUUUCCCUCGCAAACUGUCUAACAGUCUGGAUUGGAUUGGGUCUCUAUUUUAUUCCCGGAAAUACUGCCUUCCGAGUUCUCUUCGGCUUUCAGCUUCUGCCGGGCAUUUGCAUGCUGGCAGGCUCACCCUGGAUGCCGGAAUCACCAAGAUGGUUGGCCUUGAUGGAUCGCUAUGUGGAGGCGCUUGAUGUGCUUAAGAAAAUUCAUGGAGACGAUCCAAAUGUCUCCGAUUCAUUCUAUGCUCGCGAAUUCCACCAGAUUCGAGCGCAGAUUGAACUCGAGAAAAGUGAGCGAAUUGGGGUUUCCGCUAUCUUCAAGAAGGCGUCCUAUCGCAGGCGUGUCCUUCUCAUCAUGGGAUUCUACUUCUUUCAACAGGCUACGGGGAUACUUCCUCAAGCGGUCUAUCAAGUCCAGAUUUACCAGUUGCUUCAGACAACUGCUGUCAUGUCUCUUGUCCUAGUUGGCGUCUGGGGCACCGUUUCAACAUUCGCGGUGCUCAGUAUAGGGUUUUGGUUCGACCGCAUGGGUCGCAGGAAUGCCCUGUUCCUGUCCUAUGCCAUAAUGAUACCAGCAUCAGUCAUCAUUAUCGCUCUCUGGGCAGCAUUUGAAAGCGGUAGCAACACCAACCUGGGACUUGCAAAGGGCAUCAAUGUCGGUAUUUACCUUACGGUCUUUGGCUAUGCAGCGGUGCUCAAUACUUUCGGGACUACGUAUGCAUCGGAGAUCAUGCCAACCAAGAUCCGUCCGGUGGGUGUGGCGUGCGGAUACGUGGUAUUCAAUGUCAUGGGUGUUCUAAUGACACAAACAGCUCCACUAGCCAUUGCCGCAAUCACCUGGCGAUAUUUUAUCAUAUGGCUUGUGUUCGACUGCUUGUACGUAGUCAUCGUCUACUAUUGGUACCCUGAGACGAAGAACAAAACGCUCGAAGAUCUCGCGGGCGUUUUCGGUGACAAGGUCGCUGAAUCUUGGGAGGAGACUAAGCAAUAUGUCGAUGAUGCUGGCGGAGUUGACGCCUUGGUUGCGGAUGAGAAGAGCAGCAACGAUAUCGAAGCGACUAUCAAGAUCCCAGGGCACAUUGAAAGUUCGACCAGCAUCGAACGCUGA